UCUCCCAGCACUACCUUAUUUUGUUCUUCAUUUCACAGAGGCAGCACAGAAGGUGCAAGGAGGGCAGCCUGAAGUAAGAGCAGAAACUUCACAGCCGGGUGGUUUUAUACAGGAGAAGCAAACAGGAGGUCAUGAAGAAACUUUAAAGACAAAUAUAGAAGACAAGGCUGAGAAACCACUGGAAAUGAAUGGGAAUACCCCAGUGCCACAUUCCUAUGACUACGAUCUCAUUGUCAUUGGCGGGGGAUCAGGUGGCCUGGCAGCUGCUAAGGAGGCUGCCAAAUAUGAAAAGAAAGUACUAGUGCUGGACUUUGUCAAGCCUACACCUCUGGGAAACUCAUGGGGUCUUGGAGGAACUUGUGUAAAUGUGGGCUGUAUACCUAAAAAAUUGAUGCACCAGGCAGCUUUGCUGGGGCAAGCCUUGCAGGAUGCACGCAAAUUUGGAUGGCAGUUUACGGAGGAAGUCAAUCACAACUGGAUGACUAUGACAGAAUCUGUUCAGAACUACAUUGGCUCACUGAACUGGGGCUACCGGGUUGCACUGAGAGAGAAGUCAGUCACAUACGAGAACGCAUAUGGAGAGUUUGUUGGGCCACAUACAAUUAAGGCAACAAAUAAAAGAGGAGUUGAGAAGCUGUACACAGCUGAGAGAUUUCUCAUUGCCACUGGUGAACGACCACGCUACCUGGGUAUACCUGGAGACAAGGAAUACUGCAUUAGCAGUGAUGAUCUUUUCUCUCUGCCUUACUGUCCAGGGAAAACCCUGGUGGUUGGAGCUUCUUAUGUUGCCUUGGAAUGUGCAGGGUUUCUUGCAGGUCUUGGGUUAGAUGUCACUGUAAUGGUGAGAUCUAUCCUCUUAAGAGGAUUUGACCAGGAUAUUGCAAACAAAAUUGGUGAAUAUAUGGAAGAACAUGGAGUCAAGUUUAUUAGGGAGUUUGUGCCGAUCAAGGUUGAGCAGAUUGAAGAAGGAGCUCCUGGAAUAUUGAAAGUUACAGCCAAGUCUGCAAAGGGGAAUGAAAUAGUUGAAGGGGAAUACAAUACUGUAUUGCUAGCAAUUGGAAGAGAUUCAUGCACAAGAAAUAUUGGCUUGGACAAAGUUGGAGUGCAAAUCAAUGAAAAAACAGGAAAAGUUCCUGUCAACGAUGAGGAGCAGACAAAUGUGCCCUAUAUCUAUGCUGUUGGAGAUAUAUUACAGGACAAGCUGGAACUCACACCAGUGGCAAUCCAGGCAGGGAGAUUGUUGGUUCGAAGGCUUUAUGCUGGGGCAACCACUAAGUGCGACUAUGUGAACGUUCCAACUACUGUAUUCACUCCUUUGGAGUACGGAGCCUGUGGGUAUCCUGAAGAGGUUGCGGUGGAGAAGUUUGGGGAGGAAAACAUUGAGGUGUACCACAGCCAUUUCUGGCCACUGGAGUGGACAGUGCCAUCCAGAGACAACAACAAAUGCUAUGCAAAGAUAAUUUGCAAUAUCAAAGAUAAUGAGAGAGUCAUUGGUUUCCACGUCCUUGGUCCAAAUGCUGGAGAAGUCACCCAAGGGUUUGCAGCCGCUAUGAAAUGUGGGAUAACAAAAGAACAGAUGGACAACACCAUAGGAAUUCAUCCUGUCUGUGCUGAGAUAUUCACCACUCUGUCUGUGACUAAGCGUUCUGGUGAAAAUACUCUUCAGGCUGGAUGCUGAGGUUAAAGACCCCCAUUCUUGUUAUUGCCAGAGACUGACCUUCAUCACAAUGUCCAACUUGUGCAAUUCAGAAGAAAUGCGUAGGGACAGUCCAUCCUUGGAUGUCUGCAGAAGUGUGUAGAUAUUAACCAGCACAUUCUGUCAUCCUAAUGGAGAAGAGCGCUGUGGGAGUUGGUCACUUGUGGUGAUUGGCUGGCAAUUAGCAAUGCAAUGGGAAUAUUGACUAUGGAGCUGUUGCUUAGCAGGGCAUUUAACAAAUGCUUUCAUGAAGUCAUAGCCUGAAGCCUGCAUUGUCUGGUGGGCAGUGAUGGAAGAACUGCUAGCACAGCUGGACAACUGUUCUGGUUUGGUUUCAUUCCUCUCUAGUUUCUUACUUGAACAAAGAACCUCUGAACUC